UAAGGAAUGAGUGAGGUGGACGCUUUAGCGCUGUGAGUCUCCUCCCCAUGCCUCUCCUCACUUCAUCUAGUUUAGUCCCUUUAUCCUGUGAAGUAGGGGUCAUCAUUAGCCCCCUUUCACAGAGGAGAGAAUUGAGGCUUCGAGACAGAGAAACUUGGCCAGGAGUUUCCACUCGGUCCGACGCCCUCGGUGGCUGGGCGCGGGGAGCGGGAGGCGGCGCCGGCGGGGCCCCGGGUAGGGGCGGGGUCGAGGCGCGGACAAAACGGCCGCGGGGCGGCGGGGCGGCGGGGCGGCGGACGCGGCCAUGGAGGCCGAGGGCUGCCGCUACCAAUUUCGGGUCGCGCUGCUGGGGGACGCGGCGGUGGGCAAGACGUCGCUGCUGCGGAGCUACGUGGCGGGCGCGCCUGGCGCCCCGGAGCCCGAGCCCGAGCCCGAGCCCACGGUGGGCGCCGAGUGCUACCGCCGCGCGCUGCAGCUGCGGGCCGGGCCGCGGGUCAAGCUGCAGCUCUGGGACACCGCGGGCCACGAGCGCUUCAGGUGCAUCACCAGAUCCUUUUACCGGAAUGUGGUGGGUGUCCUGCUGGUCUUUGAUGUGACAAACAGGAAGUCCUUUGAACACAUCCAAGACUGGCACCAAGAGGUCAUGGCCACUCAGGGCCCGGACAAGGUCAUCUUCCUGCUGGUUGGCCACAAGAGUGACCUGCAGAGCACCCGCUGUGUCUCAGCCCAGGAGGCCGAGGAGCUAGCUGCCUCCCUGGGCAUGGUCUUCGUGGAGACCUCGGUUAAAAACAACUGCAAUGUGGACCUGGCCUUUGACACCCUCGCUGAUGCUAUCCAGCAGGCCCUGCAGCAGGGGGACAUCAAGCUAGAAGAGGGCUGGGGGGGUGUCCGGCUCAUCCAUAAGACCCAAAUCCCCAGGUCCCCCAGCAGGAAGCAGCACCCAGGCCCAUGCCAGUGUUGACUCUAGAAGAGAAAGGGUUAAAGCAGUCCCAGCCUUAGCCCACCUGGUGGGAUGGGGAGUGUUAGUAUCUCUCUGGAGGACAAAUGACAGAAGGGUUCAUAUAAACAGUAUCCUGACACAGUCAUGCUUCCUGGAUUUUGGAGUUGAGGCUUUCUACAGAAAAGAAAGGUCUGAUGGCCAGGCAUGGUGGCUCACGCCUGUAAUCCUAGCAUUUUCGGAGGCCAAGGACAGCAGAGCACCUGAGGUCAGGAGUUUGAGACCAGCCUGGCCAACAUGGUGAAACCCCGUCUCUAUUAAAAAUACAAAAAUUAGCCAGGCGUGGUGGUGCAUGCCUGUAAUCCCAGUUACUCCGGAGGCUAAGGCAGGAGAAUCGCUUGAACCUAGGAGGCAGAGAUUGUAGUAAGCCAAGACUGCGCCACUGCACUCCAGCCUGGGCAACAGAGUGAGACUCUGUUUCAAAAGAAAAGAAAAGAAAGGCCUGAGAGACCAGAUGUACAACUUCCUGUCCUUGAGCCUCAGUGUCCUUAUCUAUCGAUGGGGCUCAUAAAAGAUCCCACCUUGCAAGGAGGUGGUGACCACGAAUGAGACAGUGGACAGGAUGUGCUCACCCAGAGCCUGCUGUGCUGUGAGUUGAAUGACAAAAGCUCUCAUUCCCACUCCCUUUUUCUUGGUUGCGAUGUGGCCACUCUGGCAGCAUUCCUGGGCUCAGACACUGAGAAGCCAGCGUCAGGAAGCUGCUGCAUGGGCAAAGGCAGGUGUGGGGAAUUCCAGGGGGAGCUUGGCUUGGAGGCUCCUUACAUCCUCAGGCUAAAAUGAUUCUGGGCAUGGGAUUAAUAUGUGAUGUCAAACCCAGGGUUGCUGGCCAAUGCCCCCACCCUAGGCCCAGGGGCUGAAAAAUGGAUGUUGGAGGCUGGGAUGAACAUGAAUGUGUAGCUACUAUGUCGGGCACACAGUGGCCACUGUGAUGAGCCACCAAGAUCCCCCUUUCUUGCUGGGGAACCCAUCAACCCUCUCCCCAGUUGCUGGAGUGCCGCUGGAUGAUGGAUUUCAGCUUGUCCCACUCUCUGGGAAAGGCCCUCCCUUCAGGGCAGCCCGUAUCCAAAGUCCAUCUCCUGGGGGGCCUUAAAGGCCUUUCCCUCUUGCUCCAGCUCUGGACAACUCUGAAAGUCAAACCCAACUUUAUCAGUCUCUGUGGGCUUCAUUGAGGACACUGUUGUGACAUCAUAGCCAAGUUAUCCCCUUGCCCAAUCCUGCUUCCUUUUCUUCCCCAACAGGUAUCCAUUUCAAGAAUAUCCCCUAAUAAACAUCUGCACACUCAUCUCCAUCUCAGAAUCUGCCUCCUGGUAACCUAACCUACGACAGGAACUGCUAGGCAGGGAAUGUCCUGGGAGCAAUUAGGGAAGGCUUCAUGGAAGAGACACUGUUUAUGUUAGGCCGAAUCUCAGCAGGUGUAGGGUUUAGUGGGUAUCAUUGUGCUGUAGCAAAAAGCACAGCCACUUUGCUGGGUGCAGUGGCUCACGCCUGUAAUCCCAGCACUUUCGGAGGCCUAGGCAGGCAGUUCACUUGAGGUCGGGAGUUUGAGACCAGUAUGGCCAACAUGGCGAAACUCUGUCUAUACUAAAAAUACAAAACUUAGCUGGGUGUGGUGGCUCAUGCCUGUAAUCCUAGCACUUAGGAGGCUGAAGCAUGAGAAUUGCUUGAACCCAGGAGGCAGAGGUUGCAGCGAGCCACAAUCCCGCUACUGCACUCCAGCCCUCUAACUUGGGUGGCAGAGCAACACUCCGUCUUAAAAAAAGAAAAGAAAAAAGCAGUCACUUAACUCUCUUUUGUGACCUCGAGCUAGUUACUUGGCCUCCUUGAGCCUCGGUUUCCUCCUCAGUCAGUAACAUGAGACUGAUAAUCCCUCCUUCCUAGGGUUCUUAGAAGGUUUUCAGAAUGAGUUUCUUAGCUUCCUCCCCAUGGAGAUGGGGCUGAGGGGUCUUCCUGGGCACUUGGUCCUGCCUCUUUUUUUUUUUUUAAACCCAUAAAAAUUCACCUGUUUUAUUUUGUGGGGGUUGGGGAAUAUCCAUUACCUCAGACAUUUAUAUUUUAUUUGUAUUACAAACAAUCCAGUUAUACUUUAUUUCUAAAUGUACAAUAAAUUACUGUUGACUAUAGUCAA